AUGGCGUCAAAGGCUCAGUGCGUGAAGGACGUGCCCGCGGAGGUCUUCAUCGCGGCGUACGCCCAGCACCUUAAGGAGAAGCUUGAGGUGCCCCCGUGGGUGGACAUUGUGAAGACCGCUCCAUUCAAGGAGCUCCCACCUAGAGAUCCCGAUUGGUAUUUCAUCCGUGCAGCCUCCAUCCUCCGGAGGCUGUAUCUCAGCCAGGACAUCGGUGUUGGGUGCUUCCGGAGGAUAUACGGUGGCCGCACCUCCAGGAGGGGGGCAAGACCUGAGAAGAAGGCGAUCGCAUCUGCGGGCCUUAUUCGCCACAUCCUGAUUCAGCUCGAGAAGGUGGGGUUUGUGAAGAAGAGCGACAAUGAAAAGGGGGGCCGCCGGCUGACUGCCAAGGGUCAGAGGGACAUGGACCUUGUGGCAGGGGGCGCUAAGUUCAAGACUUAUGUUUUCUGA